AUGGCAGAUUUUGAUGAACAGGACAGCAGAGUUCCUGAGACAGCCGUGCUCUGGACUCUCACAGGCAUAUCGCUUGUAUUCGUUGUAUUCCGGAUCUAUGCCCAAGUUGCCUCAUUCCGUCGACUGUUCCUAGAUGACUUUCUCGUCAUCUUCGCAUGGGUCAUUAUGCUCACAGCGGCAGUCAUUUGGCAAGUCGAGGGGAAGGUCCUUUACGAGUUAUACGCCAUCAGCGCCGGCGAAAAGCCAUUGACUCUCCAAUUCCUCCCAAGGUACAAUACAUUCAUGCGCUUUAACGCUCCGUUUGAGAUACUGUUCUAUUCCGCGCUGUGGUGUGUCAAAUUCUCCUUCAUGGCACUCUUCUACCGAAUCAGUGCCAAAGUGAAGCCUCUCCGUAUUUGGUGGUUUGUGGUUCUUUUCUGCACAACCAGUGUCUAUAUUGCAUCAGUGGCCGAUAUCGAAUACAAAUGCAGCUUGGGAGGGAUAGAAUAUAUUAUCACUCAAUGUCCCCAAUCUCACCACGUUCAUUAUGAGAAUCGCAUGUUCUGGGCGAACUGUGCUGGGGAUGUUAUCACGGACUGGAUGAUCUUGUCUAUUCCCUUCCUUGUGCUAUGGAAAACGAAAAUCUCCCUCCGCAAAAAGCUCAUUCUGCUCAGCAUUUUCUCUGCAACUAUCUUCAUUAUGAUCGUCGCCAUCAUCCGGGUGGUCGUCGGAAUGACCUAUGAUCGUCAGAUAAAUAUCGACUGGCUGUUUUUCUGGAGCUUUGUCGAGGUGGAUGUUGCCAUUAUUGUCUCCUGUGUUGCCUCUCUCCGGCAGCUCUUCGUUACCUCACAGAACCAGAGCUCAUCUGCAAGGGCCGCUUAUCAUAUUAUGACCGAUCCCAUUAUGAAAAAGUCAAAAGAAGAGUCUAGCCAAGCUUUGGCUCCGUCUGUCGGGGAUGUCGAGUCACUCACAAAUGAUGAUGUCCCCAUGUCGUCCCUGAGCGUUGUGCAUGUUCGUCAAGAUUUUGAAGUGACGCGCUCAGAUGCCGGCGAGUCUGCUAAUGGUAAUAAGGCAAAGGCCUUCUUGAUGAAGCGUGUUAGUUUUCAUGACGAUGAGUCUGAACUUACCUAUGUGUUGGCCAUCAACGCCGAGCCCAGAAUCCGGUGGAAAGACCUUCCCCAUCGCAUAAAAUGUUUUUACCUCUAUCGGCAAAUUCAGAUCCAUGGUCAGAGCCAGUCUGCGUGGUCAAAUCUGAUUCAGGGGAUACUUGACCUCCCGAAUCAGAGAAAAACUAAGGAAACUGAGACCCUUAUCAACCAGCUCAUCGAUGUAUGCCUCAGUGUCAAGUUCAAUCGCUGUGGCAAACUGCUCGACUGUGAUUUGUAUAUGGCAGAUAGCAAGGUCAUGAUUACUCGUCGCGUCGGGGUGUUUUACCCAUCACAUGAGCCAUUCGAAACAGCACUGAAAUAUGCACUAGCGACAAGUGAAAUUCAGAGAGGGGACUGCGUCCAGUUACAAAGGGUGCUUGAUCAAGGGGUUCGACUCACACGCUUUAGUGACCAACUUCCCGUGAUUCCCCUAAAACUCGCUGCCGAAACAGGAUCCGGAGCGAUCAUAGAGCUACUUAUAGCACAUGGUUGUCCAAAGCGCUAUCGCAGUUAUCAAUGCAUGUAUUGGGAUGAUGAUAUCAAUGUCAUAAACACGAUGGCAGAAAGUGGAGCGUGGUGGGAUCAGCAUAUUGUGCCGCGAUCUGGAGAAGGUUGGGGCCCUUCAUACGGGGGCAGAUUGAGUACUCAUGCCAUCGAUCAAGGAACAAUCGUAGGACAUUAUGGCUGUUGUAGAUAUUUGCAGCGGUCAAAAGAGCUGAUCCCUCAGUCGCUACUGAAUUGA